AUGGCCAACUGGGUAAGCUUAUUAGAAUCAUACCUCGCAGACAAGCCCCGCAAGUCAGCAGUUGAAAACGGUAAAAGCUAAUUAGAUAGAGAAGUUGACAUUGCUUUUUUAAAUCUCCUCGAAGAAGAAAAAGAAGAAGAAAAGAAACGCAAUGAAAGCUUUAAAAAAAUCCCUCGCUUCUUUUUCAAAAAGCCUCAAUUAGAAAAUCCAUUAUAUUUAAAACUUAGACAGGAAGCUAGGACAAGAUUUCUUCAUAAUAAAUCAGCUGAAGUCCUAGAUAAAGAGGAUUUAGAGAAAUUAUGAUACUUAUUGAAAAACAAUACUAGUUUCCCUGAUGAUGGUUCUGAAAGAAUGAAUUAUGAUCAAUUUUGUCAAGUCGCCAACAAAUUACAUCCAAAAUACAGGCAAUUCUUCCAGCCUUCAGUAUUCCUAAAAUGCGAUCGUGAUGAGUAUGGAAGAAUUGAAAUUGUUCCUUUUUUCCAUUAUAUUGUAAGAAAAGUAAAUUUACACCAAACUAGAAUCCAAAUUUCUCUAUAUGAUAGCGCUGGAUAUGGCUAUUUAAAAGAAAAAGACUUAGAAAACUUUAUUUUUGAGCUGAUUCCUUCUUUUGCACAGCUAUCAAGUCUGCAGGAAAAUUUUUAUCCAUUUUAUGUGAUUACAGCUGUGAGGAAAUUUUUCUUUUUCUUGGAUCCUAAAAAGACAGGGAGGAUUUGGAUCAAAGAUAUGCUGACUUCGCCAAUUCUGGCUGAACUUUAUGAACUGAGACAAGAAAAUAUGAGCCCUGAAGAAGCCGCUCAAAAUUGGUUCUCUGUUCAAUACACAUUGAGGGUAUAUGACCAUUACUUAAGGCUUGAUUUAGAUAGAAAUGGAAUGCUUAGAAAGCAAGAAUUAACACGUUACUCAGGCGGACUUACAAGCAUUUUUGUGGAUCGUUUAUUUGAAGAAUACCAAACUUUUGAAGGAGAAAUGGACUACAAAACGUUCCUGGAUUUUGUAUUAGCAAUGGAAAAUAAAAAAACAACGCCAAGCCUGCAAUAUUUUUUCAAGAUUUUAGACAUAUAUAAAAAAGGGGCAAUUGAUACUUUUGUGGUUAAUUUGUUUUUGAGGUCAAUUAUAGCGAAGCUAGAAUCUUUAGAAAAAUUCGGGUUUAAAGUUGACGAUAUAAAGGACGAAAUUUGGGAUAUGGCAAAGCCUAAGUGCCUUUAUGCAAUUACACUAGAUGAUCUGAUUAGCUGUGGGGUUGGCGAUACAAUAGUGUCAAUACUUAGCGAUGCAAGACUAUUUUAUGAGUACGACCAAAGGGAAAGUGGAAUUGAUGUGGAUGAAAUGGAAGAUAUGUUUGGAGAUAAGCCAUUUCAAUUAUAA